AUGACAGGAAACUGAUCUCAGAGACUCUCAGCAGGCGACCGGCAGGACGUUCUAACUUGUCAGAGUUUCCAAACAUCAAGCUCCAUUCAGCAUCUUCCUCCCUCAGAACCUCCACCCCCCGCCGGCUCCAUAGCACCCCCAGCAGCCAUGGACAGCACCCCGAGAAGGUGGGUACUGAAGCCUCUUUCCCCCCUGCUGCAACCGUCAGAUCUGCGCACCAUCGCUGGCCCCGCCCGGGGCGAUUUCCCUGACCUGGAAGAGCCGGUCUUCUCCUCAAACAUCAUCUCCGUUGGUGGUAGUCUAUCCUCAGUCGUCGUCUCCUCACAGCAGGGUGACGGGGCCACAGAUGUGGUGGUUCAGGCUCGGCAGGUUGCAGUGUCACAGGAUGUAGGGAACACCAGUGAUGAGUGGCAUCCCAGUACCUCAAGCAACCCCAGCAGUCCAAGCAGCAGCUCGGGCUCUCACUGCGGUUUCUACUCCUUCGUGGAGGAUCCGAUGAGUCCUGAGGCUGAGAUGAAUGAAGCAUGGAUGGUCUCACCACAGCGACAGACUCAGCUGGCGACCCUGAAGGAGGAGAAAGGAUUCAAACUACAGACCUACACCAGCAGCAGGAAGCCGGAGAGUCUGUUCUCAGAGAACAAUGGAGACUUGCAGUACAAAGUGGAUCUGAACAAUGGUAUCGAAGUGGUCCAGGAGGAAGAGGAGAAGCAGCUUCGGAAGGAGAUCAUUCACAGCCAAGCACCAAAGAAAAGCCAAACAUUCAAAGAUCAGCUGAGUGCUCCUGAAGAUCAAGAUCUGAGCAGAUCUGCAAACAAAUUGCUAGAAGGUUUCAGUGUAAGUUACAACCCUGUCAGCUCCAGACCAGAACCUCACCAACCUACUGAGCUCAGUACCAUAGACAAGGAGCAGAUCAACUUCAACGCUGCCCGGCAACAGUUCCUGAAGAUGGAACAGGACCGGCUGACUGCACUUCUCAAUCCUCCGAGGUCCUCAAAAACACAUCUGAACAAGUCUCUGCAGCCAGAUUCUGAUGUGUCCUCAUCAAAGCUGGUGGAGACAAACCACAGUGUAGAGGUAAGCAACGAUAAAACGCUUUUUAAACCACCAGAAAAUGAGAGCUACCCAGAGAGAAAGUUGAUGGUGUGCAGGACUGAGGAGAGUCUCAGCCGACAGAGCAGUGUGUUUGAGGACCUGGACACUUGCCUGGAUGAGCUGUCGGUGGAGGUGGGUGGUGGUUACACCAGCGAGCAAGGCAUGUUCAAUGACAACGCUCAGCCAGAGAACAGGAUUAGCAAGUCCAUAAGCAACUAUGAAACCCCGGUUGAAAGGGAGAUCCGGUUAGUUCAGGAACGUGAGGAGAACCUACGACGCUCUCGGGGGCUGUAUAGUGAUUACAGUGACAGCAGAGCAGAAAUGGUUGAGAUCAAAACCAAACGUUUACAAUCUCCACUCACGGCUGUCAAAGCCAAAGAGAAGAACCGAGUGAGCUUCAUCAUCCAGCGUGAGAUCCAGAAGGAGAAGGAGAAGAAGGAGGAACCUCAGCAGCAUGGAGAGACCCUGGGACGAUACCAAGAUCCUCCACAGGAGCUUGAGGAUGUAGAGAGGAAGUUUGACCAAAGAGACAAGGACAAGAGGACAGAAGAAAGACCUCAGUCUGAGUCUCGAGAUGCCAAAGUCUCACCAGCACCUUGCUGCCCUCAUCGUCAUCCCAAAGAAACCGAGUUGUACAUCAGCCAAAUGAGUUCAGCUCGUUCUUCCUUCUCUGUGAGGGAAUCAAAGGGCCAAGAAGCAAGAGGUUCUCACCAAUAUCGAAAAACUUAUUCAUCCUGCGGUUCCUCCUCCUCUCCCUUCUCCCCAACACACAGUGACACGACCUUGACCAAGCCUCAGUCCUGGAGGGAAAACCUGGAGUCUACCGGCCUGCAGGCCAAAGGACAAGGAGCUCCAGAUUUCAUCGAGAAGGAGAUUGAGGAGGACUUGAGACGGGAGCAGGAGCUCAGGGAGCUCAGGGAGCGGAGGGAGGCCAGGAAUGAAAUUGAUCGACAGCUCUUUUCUCCAGCUACUCUGGUGGAACAGGCAACCAAGAUGACCAUCAGUCAGUUCUACCCACCUGUAAAAACAGAGUCCGGCAGCUUCAGAAUCCAGCAGCUUCAGAGUCCAGCAGCUUCAGAGUCCAGCAGCUUCAUUCUAGCAGCUUUAGAGUCCAGCAGCUUCAAAGUCAGCAGCUUCAGGGUCUAGCAGCUUUAGAGUCUAGCACCUUCAGAUUCUAGCAGCUUCAAAGUCUAGCAGCUUCAGAAUCCAGCAGCUUCACAGUCCAGCAGCUCACUCUAGCAGCUUCAGAGUCCAGCAGCUUCAGAGUCUAGCAGCUUCACAGUCCAGCAGCAUCACUCUCGCAGCUUCAGAGUCUAGCAGCUUCAAAGUCAGCAGCUUCAGAGUCCAGCAGCUUCAAAGUCAGCAGCUUCAGGGUCUAGCAGCUUCAGAGUCCAGCAGCUUUAGAGUCCAGCAGCUUCAGAGUCUAGCAGCUUCAGAGUCCAGCAGCUUCAGAGUCUAGCAGCUUCAAAGUCCAGCAGCUUCAGAAUCCAGCAGCUUCAGAAUCCAGCAGCUUCAGAGUCCAGCAGCUUCAGAGUCUAGCAGCUUCAAAGUCAGCAGCUUCAGAGUCCAGCAGCUUCAGAGUCCUGUAGCUUCAGAGUCCAGCAGCUUCAGAGUCCAGCAGCUUCAGAAUCCAGCAGCUUCAGAAUCCAGCAGCUUCAGAGUCCAGCAGCUUCAGAGUCUAGCAGCUUCAGAGUCCAGCAGCUUUAGAGUCUAGCACCUUCAGAGUCUAGCAGCUUCACAGUCCAGCAGCUUCAGAAUCCAGCAGCUUCACAGUCCAGCAGCUCACUCUAGCAGCUUCAGAGUCCAACAGAUUCAGAGUCUAGCAGCUUCAAAGUCUAGCAGCAUCACUCUCGCAGCUUCAGAGUCCAGCAGCUUCAGAGUCUAGCAGCUUCAAAGUCAGCAGCUUCAGAGUCUAGCAGCUUCAGAGUCCAGCAGCUUCAGAAUCCAGCAGCUUCA